AUGUACGAUAAAGCAAGAAUUCUUUACAAUGAAGCUCAGGACAUUAUUCAAAAUUACAAGCCACCUACUAGUGCGGAAAAAGGGAGUAAGUCGCCUAGCACUUCAUCAAUUCGUACAACUGAUACUCGCAAUCAAGAAGCUGCGGAUGAGCGACAACAAACGAACAUGUUAUCAGUAGAUUCAGAUAAACCAAAUAUCAAGCCAAUUGGAACCCCAUCCACAUCAUUGUUCAAGAAGAUUGUCUCUCGAGGUAAUGCCAGUAAAUUGGAAGAAAUGCUACGCAAGCAGAAGAGUAAUUUCAAGGCUUUAUCACGAGCAAUCAGAAACGUGGAUAUGGAGAGCCUCUCCGGAAAAUGGGAAUUCGAAGAUGUGCUCAAAACCAUUCAAGUAAAAUGGUCAACUAUAGAAUCCCUACACUGGGAAAUAGAUUGUGAGAUGUACUCGGAAGAUGAGGAGUAUGAACAGGAAUAUAGCAACCACGAACAACUGUAUAUUAACAUCAAAAAGUUGGUCAAUAGCAAGAUGUAUUCUGUUUCAUAUCGGGAAAGUUUUACACCGAAAAUAGAUAUACCUACCUUCUCAGGGAACUAUCAAAAAUGGAUAUCAUUCAAGGACUUAUUCCAAGAAGCAGUCCACAACAACAAAUCCAUCCCAAACGCCCAGAAGAUGCAGUUAUUAAAAACUAAACUGAAAGGCGAAGCAGAAAGGAUCAUCCAGCACCUCAAUAUCAGUUCUGAAAAUUACAAAGUUUGCUGGGACAUAUUGAAUCAUAGGUAUAACAAUGACAGAUUAAUUUUCACCUCUCACAUGAACAUACUGCUGUCAAUACCUACAAUGCAAAACCAAGUUGACACACAGAUCAAGAACAUGUUCGACACCAUUAAUGAAUGCAUGAACUCCUUAAAAAAUCUUGGGAUAGAUGUAGUCGCCAUUGGACCGAUGGUGGUGCAUUUACUCACACAGAAGCUGGAUACUCAAUCGCUUAGUGAAUACACUCAAUCAUUAGACAAUCCGAGAGCCUUGCCUGUUCUAACAGACUUUCUUAAAUUUUUGGAAAACAAGUAUACUGCUCUCGAGUCGACACGGCGAAAGCAUUAUUCAUCCAAAUCAUCAUCGGCGUCAUCUCCGAGUAACAACAAAGAUUCUGAACACCAAGUCAACAAAAAGAAUCAAUCAAAAUCGAAUAAUUUCAAUAAAAUUGACUCGAAUAAACCAUUUUUGCGUAGUUCGACUUUAAAAAGUUGUGCAACGAGGACACAAUAUUGCCCACUAUGCAAAGACGAUAGCCACGGACUUUUCUACUGCAAGCCAUUUUUAGAAUUGGGGUCAACAGAAAAGAGAAACACAGUGCAAAGGUUCAACUUGUGUGAAAAUUGCCUGGUUGAUCACAAAAAUAAAUCAUGCCGUUCUGAAUCAAAAUGCAGGGUGUGUCAAGGACCUCAUAAUACCGUAUUGCACGAUGCCUUACAGAUAAACGCAGUGUCCAGCAAAAUUGAUAAGUCACCGUCUAUGUCAUGUGAAGACAAUACACAUAGUAAUGCGACACACGUCAGCAAGGAACCUGUUGUUGAAAUUCUGCUAGCAACGGCACUUGUCCGUGUACAAGGGAUUAAUGGGGAAUAUCACACAAUGAGGGCUCUCAUAGAUCAAGGCUCCCAAGCCUCCCUCAUUACUGAGAACGCGGCACAAAUCCUGAAACUGCCACGCCGAGCAUGCAAAGGCGUCAUAGUUGGAGUCAGUGCCAAUCAAACCAAUUGUAAAGGAGUUCUCAGUCUUGUGGCGUCCUCAUUGUACUCCAAUUACACAUUCCAAACAGAAGUUGUUAUUAUGAAGAAAUUAAUUAACAAUUUACCAAAUCAUAGUUUCUCAAAACCAUCGUGGGAAUAUCUUCAAAACAUUCAACUAGCAGAUACAGAUUUCAACGUUUGUCGUCCAAUAGAUUUAUUGCUGGGAGCAGAAGUUUACGCGGAAAUCAUCAUGCCUGGCAUAAUCAAGGAAAACUCAUCUCUACCAAUAGCUCAACAGACUCAACUUGGCUGGAUUUUGAGUGGCAAUGUCAAGUCCUAUCAAUGCAACGUUAUCAUGAACAAUAUAGAAGACAUACAAAGGUUUUGGAGCAUUGAAGAUGUCACCGAUCUCAAUACUGACAUGUCCUCUGAAGACCAUCAAUGCCUUCAACAAUAUCACUCAGAAACAGUACGACGAGAAGAUGGUAGAUACGUGGUCAGACUGCCACUGAAGCCAGAUAUCAACGAAAAAUUGGGAGAAUCAAAACAAAGAGCCGUAGCACAAUUUUAUCAACUGGAAAGGAAAUUUGCAAGAAAUAAAAAUAUUUCCGAAGAUUACAAAACAUUCAUAACCGAGUACAUCAAACUGGGUCACAUGCGCAAGUGCACACAAAAGAGACUGCCGGAUUGCAUUUUACCUCACCUGUGCGUUUUACGGCCGGACUCGACAACAACAUCGCUGCGAGUUGUAUUUAACGCGUCAGCAAAAACUUCGACUGGCUACAGUCUUAAUGAUUUAAUGUAUAGCGGUCCGAAUCUACAACAGGAUUUGUUUACACUGAUUCUGAAAUGGAGGCAGUAUAAAUAUGCAUUCACAGCAGAUAUCGAGAAGAUGUUUCGGCAGAUCUUGUGUAAUGAGAAGGACCUACAGUAUCAGAAAAUCGUCUGGCGUGACUCACCUUCCCAAGUGCUUAGAGAAUAUGAGUUGAGUACAGUCACCUAUGGAACCAAAGCAGCUCCAUUCCUGGCCAUGAUGACGUUGAAACGGUUAGCAGAAGACGAACGUUCAAGAUACCCUACAGCAUCAGCAGUCCUGGAACAGUGCUUCUACAUGGAUGAUCUUCUGACAGGAAACCACAGCAUAGAGGAAGCCAAGCAACUCAAGGCUGACCUAAUAAAUUUGCUGAAAUCUGGUGGAUUUAAUUUGCGGAAAUGGUCGUCAAAUAACAUGGACAUACAAGAAGCAAUAACAAACAAGGAACAAGCCUUCGAAUUCAAGCAUCAAGAAUCAACCAAAACUUUGGGACUGCGCUGGCACCCACAGAGCGAUCAAUUCAAGUUCCAGAUGAAGAUUGACACAUCAUCAUUGACGCCAUCCACUAAAAGAUCAUUAUUAUCUGACAUUUCAAAGAUAUUUGAUCCACUCGGCUGGCUGUCUCCAGUAUCAACCAAAUUGAAACUUUUAUUCCAAAAAGUUUGGUCGUUGAAUCUUCAAUGGGAUGAAGCAGUACCUACAAACAUCAAUGAAGAAUGGCUUAAAAUAAAAAAGGAGUUACCACAUAUCGAACAUAUUAACGUACCAAGAUGGCUUCAAACGCCAAAAAAUGCAAUCAUAGAGUUACACAGGUUCUGUGACUCAUCAGAAAAGGCCUAUGCAUGUGUAAUUUAUGGCAGAAUUAUCAAUCUGGAAGAGGUGGAGUGGCAAUCUCCUGUGGUUAUAGUAGCAGGAAAAUCAAAGCUCGUGCCUGUCAACAAAUCGGUAUCUCUGCCUAGAUUGGAGCUUUGCGCAGCACAAUUGUUGUCAAAACUGAUGAAAGUUGUUCAGAACUGUUUAUCAAACCAUACUAUACGAAUAUACGGUUGGUGCGAUUCGACCGCAGUACUAGGUUGGCUCCAUGGUGAACCAAAUCGCUGGAAACCAUUCGUGGCUAACAGAGUAGCACAAAUCACAGAGAUAAUACCAACGAAUAGCGGGCGUUAUGUGAAAUCAGCCGAAAAUCCAGCUGAUUGCGCGAGCCGAGGUUUAUUAGCGAAUCAACUACAGCAUCAUCCACUUUGGUGGCACGGACCAACCUGGCUAUCAACAUUCAAAGUAGACAAAAAUCAAAACCUACCAACUUACGUUACUUAUGAGGAAAUCAAAAAGUCAAUAAAAAGUAAUGUAAUUCAACAAAAUGAGGACAUUGUUUUAAAAUUAUUGAACAAAUUCAGCAAUUUCGAACGAGCGGCGCGUGUUCUUGCUUGGACUUUGCGCGCCAUAUCUCGCAGUCAACACAAACCAAAGUAUUUGACUGUCAGCGAAAUAAAAAUAGCUAAAUAUCGCUUAAUAAAACGAGUACAGCUAACGGUAUUUAAGGAAGAGAUAUUUAGUCUCCGAGAUCAGAAGCAAAUAGACGCGAAGAGCAAAUUGCUGAAGCUUAACCCAUUUUUGGAUCAAGACGGCCUAUUGAGAGUCGGUGGCAGACUGAACAACGCGAAGAUGAGCCAAAACAUGAAGCAUCCCCUUAUCAUUCCGAACAACACCCACCUCAGUGACUUAUUGAUCAAACAAGGACAUCAGAUGACACUUCAUGGGGGAGCGAGAGUUACUCAAGCAUGGCUGCGUCAUCAAUACUGGAUUCUGGGAGGAAACCGAGCAAUCAAGAAGUGCCUUCGGAACUGCGUCAAGUGCCGAAAACACGAUCCAAUCAAACACGAACAACUCAUGGGCGACCUUCCUUUAGCACGCAGCAAUCCAACACGACCAUUUUUCCAUACAGGGGUCGAUUUUACCGGGUUUGUCGACGUAAAAGCAAGCAAGGGCCGAGGUAUUAAGACCACGAAAGGGUACAUCGCUGUAUUCGUUUGUAUGGCCACCAAGGCUGUGCACAUCGAGUUAGUAUCGGACCUGACCUCAUCGUCGUUCCUAGCGGCUUUACGAAGAAUGGCAGCUCGGAGAGGCACCCCAGGCCAUGUCUAUAGUGAUAAUGGCACGAAUUUUGUUGGAGCAAGCAGAAUUCUUAACGAAGAGUUCGUCAAUAUUCAAAACACCUUAGAUGACAGUUUUUUCGAGGCUAUUGCCAGUAUGGAGAUUAACUGGCAUUUUAAUGCCCCUUCCUGGCCUAGCGCCGGAGGCCUCUGGGAAGCCGCCGUCAAGAGUUUGAAGUACCAUCUCAAACGAGUCAUAGGAAGUCAGAAGCUGACGUUUGAAGAAUAUUCAACUUUGCUCGCUCAAAUAGAAGCAUGUUUAAAUAGCCGACCAUUAUGCGCACUCAGUGAAGACCCCGAAGACUUAGACUGUCUCACACCGUCUCAUUUUUUGGCGAGUGGUCCAACACUAACUAUCAUCGAGACUGAGAGAGACUUGCGGACAAGGUGGCAACUCACACAAAAAAUAUUUGAUGACCUGUGGAAGAGAUGGCGAGCUGAAUACCUGUGCCAACUAUCAGCUCGCAGCAAGUGGCGCAAACCUCAUCAGAAUUUGAAGAUCAAUGACAUCGUCAUCAUUCACGACGUUAAUUUGCCCCCGGGAAAGUGGCCCAUGGGCAGAGUUAUUGAACUUCAUCCAGGGAAAGACGGGUACGUCAGAGUAGUGACCCUACGCACGAAAAAUGGGACACUUAAGAGACCAAUUACAAAAUUGUCCGUUUUGCCGAUCAACGACAAUAAUCAAAGCCACGAUGCAGAAAAAGAAAACCAAGAAGGUCAAACAAAUAACAAUAAAUAUUCCAAGCCAGCCUCAUCAAAAUUGUGCAACUUCAUAAUAACGACACUCAUACUUCUGAUGUUUAUUUGUUCAGGAACGUGCGAACACAAAAUUUCCAAAGUUGCAGAUAAUAAAAACAUAUUUUUUGAUAAAGUUACAAACAUGAAAUGGGAACGUGAUGAAUGGAAACUCAUCGUUUAUUGCGAUAUGGCUCCGUAUUGGCAAGGAAUGAACCUUCUGAACAAGUUUAUCACUCAUCUAGACAACAUAUGUUUAAGGGAUCAAAUACCACAAUGCAACGUAGUCCGAUUACAACUUACUCACGGGUACAACGAACUUGAACACUACAACAACGUUUUACUUGGUCAGCAAGGUCAAGUUCGUCGACGUCGCGGGCUUAUCAACGGUAUUGGCUACGUCGCACAUAGUUUGUUUGGAGUUUUAGACGAAACUUUUGCCGAACAAUAUCAGAAGGAUAUUGCCUUAAUAAGAAGCGAUCAAAAACAUCUUAGCAAUCUCUGGAGAAACCAAACGUCAAUUGUGGAGGCUGAGCUAAAUGUCAUCAAAAGAAUUGAAAAUACCCUGGACAAGCAGCACAAGAUUCUCAAUCAACACAUUACCAACUACUACUCGGACAUGAACAAACUGAAAGAAGAAAUCCGACACACUGACAAUAAAGCGAAAUUCACUUUAUCAACGUUUAUAGCCAAUAACAUCAUGACCAAUCUAAAAGAAAUCCAGGAGACGCUAGUUGAUACAGUGGCCAACAUUUAUUAUGAAAAGUUUAACUUUCACUUACUAACACCAGCUCAGUUGAAAAACGAACUGAAUGUUAUAACCGGACAAAUCUCAAAGGACCUAGCCUUACCGAUUAAUAAUAUUCAGGCUGACUUAGCGAAGAUAUAUCAUCUAUUGAAAGUGAAAGCAAGAGUUACUAGGGAGUUCCUGAUUUUCGAAGUAAGAAUUCCUCUUGUAAGCAGGGAAGACUAUGAGCUUUACAACCUCAUACCGAUUCCACAACAAGCCAACACAAGCAUGGUCAUUAUAGUACCUGUAGCAAACAGUGGUCUCGAACCUACCGAUUUUUCGGUAUUUCUACCGAUAUGGGCUCUGUUCUACCGAAAUACCGAAAUAUAA